GCCCCACCACUGGUGUCAGUGGGAGGAACGGCGCCCCACCACUGGUGUCAGUGGGAGGAACGGCGCCCCACCACUGGUGUCAGUGGGAGGAACGGCGCCCCACCACUGGUGUCAGUGGGAGGAACGGCGCCCCACCACUGGUGUCAGUGGGAGGAACGGCGCCCCACCACUGGUGUCAGUGGGAGGAACGGCGCCCCACCACUGGUGUCAGUGGGAGGAACGGCGCCCCACCACUGGUGUCAGUGGGAGGAACGGCGCCCCAUCACUGGUGUCAGUGGGAGGAAUAGAGCCCCACCACUGGUGUCAGUGGGAGGAACGAGCCCCAUCACUGGUGUCAGUGGGAGGAAUAGGGCCCCAUCACUGGUGUCAGUGGGAGGAAUAGUGCCCCAUCACGGGUGUCAGUGGGAGGAAUAGUGCCCCAUCACUGGUGUCAGUGGGAGGAAUAAUGCCCCAUCAUUGGUGUCAGUGGGAGGAAUAGUGCCCCAUCACUGGUGUCAGUGGGAGGAAUAAUGCCCCAUCAUUGGUGAAGUGGGAGGAAUAGGGCUCCAUCACUGGUGUCAGUGGGAGGAAUAGUGUCCCAUCACUGGUGUCAGUGGGAGGAAUAG